AUGAGGGCCAUCGUCUUCCUCUUUGCCGUCCUUGCGGCCAUUGCCAUGGUCAUGCACGUAGCUCAUGGUGCAAGAGAGCUAGGUGAAGAAGUACAGACACAAUCCUGGGGUCAUCAUGGCUACGGCGGCUACUACCACGGUGGCGGUCACCACGGCGGUUGGCAUCAUGGUGGUCACCAUGGCGGCUGGAGCGGUGGCGCUCAGCAGCCAGUAAAGAACGAUCUCCACUUCGGAUACGGUGGGCACCAUGGACACGGCGGCCACCAUGGUCAUUGGAAAGCAGGCAACCCAUAA